AUAUAUAUUAUAUAGUAGUUUCAAGGACCAAAUCUUUUAACUAAUAUAAUUAUAAUUAAUUUUAUAAUAAUAGUAUGUCACCUUCCUCUCUUCCAGUCUUCCUCAGAUAAAUAUAGAAAACCCAUGUCUUAAAUUUGCUAGUCUUUUGUAAACUGGAACUCAGCGUUCCCGAAUCCCGAGAUUAAUCUAGAAGGAACAAUAGUCAAGUUGUGAGAGCUAUACUCUCCGGAUAACAGACCACUUCUCCGGCAAUGUUCAAGUUAAAGGCGGCAGCUUUAUGCUUCUUCUUUGUUCUUUGCUUGCCUCUGUUUGGUGCUGCUCAGCGAUCUGGUAAAAAUAACACUUCUUUGUGGAAGACAUUAAGCGGAGAUCCACCUCUAGCCAUUGCACGUGGUGGCUUUUCUGGGAUAUUUCCUGAUUCCAGUCUGGACGCAUAUCAAUUGGCAUUAAUUACUGGUUUACCUGAUAUGAUAUUGUGGUGUGACGUACAACUAACAAGUGAUGGUGCUGGAAUUUGUUUUCCGGAAGUUACUCUUAACAAUGGUUCUGACAUUGGGGCAUUAUUCAACCAAAGCAGUAAGACCUACCUUGUGAAUGGUGUUAGUAGGACUGGAUGGUUUUCAGUGGAUUUCACCCUAGAUGCUCUCACAAAUGUAUCCUUGACCCAAGGAGUUUUCUCUAGGUCCAAUCUCUUUGAUCGGAGCUUCCUUCAAGUAGUUACUGUUGAAGAGGUGGCUAGGCAAUUGAAACCACCUGGAUUCUGGUUAAAUAUUCAGCAUGAUGCAUUCUUCAGCCAACAUAAUUUAAGCAUGAGAAGCUUCGUGAUAUCUGCAUCUAGAAGUGUUAUCGUUAAUUAUAUCUCAUCACCAGAGGUUAACUUUCUUAGAAGUAUUGUUACACGAUUCAAACCUAGUCAAACAAAACUUAUUUUCCGAUUUCUAGGACAGAGUGAUAUUGAGCCUUCUACCAACCAAACCUACGGCUCUCUUUUGAAGAAUCUGACAUUUAUUAAAACAUUUUCAUCUGGAAUAUUAGUUCCGAAAACCUACAUAUGGCCUGUGGAUAAAGAUCUAUAUUUGGAGCCUCAUACCUCAGUCGUCUUGGAUGCUCAUAAAGAGGGACUUGAAAUUUUUGCAUCUGAUUUUGCCAAUGAUAUACCGUUUGCUUAUGAUUACAACUAUGAUCCUGUAGCCGAGUAUUUAAAUUUUAUCGACAACGACAACUUUUCCGUGGAUGGUGUGCUUUCUGAUUUCCCAAUAACUCCAUCAGAGGCCAUAGAUUGUUUCUCUCAUAUGGACAAAAACAAUUCUGGACCAGCAAUCCCUUUGGUCAUUUCACACGAAGGAUCAAGUGGGGAAUACCCUGGUUGUACUGAUUUAGCAUAUAAACAAGCUAUUUCAGAUGGGGCUGACGUUCUUGACUGUCCGGUCCAAAUGUCGAAGGACGGAACACCAUUUUGUCUAGGCUCGAUAAACCUUAUAGAGAGAACCACAGCUGCUCAAUCCUUCAGCAACCUAGUAGUCAACAUUCCUGAGCUUAAUAGCGAGGGAAUAUUCUCCUUCAGCAUCGACUGGAGUGACAUACAAACUCUCAAACCGGUGAUAUCAAAUCCCUAUUCAGAUGCAUUUUUGUAUCGGAAUCCUCGAAACAAGAAUGCUGGAAGUUUUGUGGCAUUAUCGGAAUUUCUGGCCUUGGCAAACAACGCAACUUCUAUUUCUGGUGUCCUUAUUCGCAUUGAGAAUGCAUCCUACCUAGCAGAAAAACAGGGACUGGGUGUAAUAGACGCUGUUGUGGAUGCCUUGAGCAAAGCUGGUUACAAUAAUCAGACAAGGAAAAAAGUAAUGAUUCAAUCUCCGAAUAGUGCUGUUCUAAUUGAACUAAAGGAGGGGAAAAACAACUAUGAGCUUGUUUAUGAGGUUGAGGAGGAUAUCCGUGACGCCUUGAAUUCAACCAUCUUGGACAUAAAAAAAUUUGCAAAUUCUCUGGUUAUCAGCAAAAGUUCUGUCUAUAGCAAAAAUAUUGGAUUCCUCACUGGGGCUACAGAUGUUGUGUCAAAGAUGCAGGCAUUUAAGCUACCUGUCUACGUGAAACUUUUUCAAAAUGAAUUUUUUUCUCAAGCAUGGGAUUUCUUCUCAGAUGCAUAUGUGGAGCUGAACACAUAUGUUGUUGGUAGUGGUAUUGAUGGUGUCAUCACUGAUUUCCCUGGGACAGCCAACAAAUACAGAAGAAACCGUUGCUUAACUUUAGGAAAGGAUACACCAAAUUACAUGACUCCUGUAGGUCCUGGAAAUCUCUUAUCAGUCAGUCAAACUCAGCCAGCAGCUGUAGCUCCCAGCCCGGUCCUGGAAGUGUCUGAUGUGACGGAGCCCCCAUUUCCUUCUGUUGUCGCGAAGCCAGAUAGUAAUAAUGGUACUGGCGAUGGUACUACUGCACCACCUCCUAAGCAACCAAGUGGACAAGCUAAAGUAGUAGUGGGCAUUUUCGUAUCGAACCUUGCCAUUCUUCUUGUGACUGUUCUGCUAUUUUGAACACGAAAGACAGUCAUAUUCCCCAAUAAUUUUGCACAUUCCAUUAUUCCUACUCUUCGCCUGUUUUGUAGCCUAGCUUAAAUUUUCAGAUGUUUGGAGCUGAGAUGAAGAUGAUUUAGAUGCCUAACGCGUGAAUUGAAGAUUUUAGGACAUUGUUCAUUCCUUUUCCUUGUAAUUUGAGUACAGGGCUUGUGUAUAAAAACUGAAUACUAUGUUUGUCAUUUAUGCUGUUCGAUUCUUUCGCUAA